GCCUUUGAAUUCGCACUGUACUGAGACUUCCUCACCAGCAACAAGAUCGCCGCAGCAACACAAGAACACCAGGAAGAAGCCAUGCAGUCUGCCGAGCUGAAGAACCAGAAGAGCUGCCUGGUUGCUACCCUGAGCCGGUACACUUCUGCUGUGAGCAACAUGGAGCACACCAUCAUGCUGCCCAGUCUUCUCCGUGAUGUGCGCCCCGAGGACACCUUUGCAGCAGAUGGCGACAAUAAAGACCUAUACGAGUACUACCUGAUGCUGAAGUCUGUGAGGAACGUUGUGGAGAGCGGGCUGAUGCCCCCCGAUGAGCGGAAAGCCCUCAGCGUCCCACUGGAGACCCUGGAGGACUUGGACCCAGAGACCCUCUUCCAUUUCCACCUGACGGGGCUCUUCUCUGUGCUCAACAACCUCACCACGUCGUCCCACAUGCUCACCAGACUAUACAACGAAGUCAUCGGCCUGUCCAACUAGAGCCAAAGCAUGCAAAACCGCACAAAAAUAACAUUCGAACAAUUGCUGUUUUCAAGAAACAAAGUUAUUCUACAGACAAUGUAAACAUUAAUAAUAAAAUGGUUUGAUCUGA